AUGUCGAACCUCCGUUCAUCAGCGUUCCCCCAGCGCCUGUCUGGCCUGUCGCAGAGCCAAAGCGCCAACGAAACCUCCAGUGCGCCCUCGGACCAACGUGACGAUGCGAAGCGCAACAUGUUCAAGAACAUGAGGGCUCUGCCCACCCAGCACUACUGGGAUGUCUAUUUCGACGGACAAGCGAGAGACCAGAAGGAAGGUGAAGAGAACUACCACUCGAACCUCGAGAAGCUAGAUACCCAGAUCGAAUCGGUCCAGGACUUUUGGCGCUACCACAACAACACUCCCAUCGACCAGAUCAAGAUGCGAGAGUCCAUCUACCUCUUCAAGCAGGGCUUCCGUCCUGUCUGGGAGGAUCGCCGUAAUAUCACUGGUGGCAGCUGGACAUUCCGUGUCCCCAAGACUGUGGGCCCCGAAUUCUGGACGCAGAUCCAGCUCCUGGCUAUUGGCGAGAAGCUCCAGGGCGCUCUAGAUGGAGACGACCAGCUUGCGGGCGUUGGACUUUCGGUCCGUUUCAACUCCCACCUCAUCACCAUCUGGCACCGCGAGGGGUCCCGGAAGGCCUCGAUCGACGGCCUCCUCAAAUGCGUCAUGGACGAGCUUCCCGCCGAGCUGCAGCCGAAGCCCGAUACCUACUUCUACAAGAAGCACUCCGAGCACGCUGGAUUCAAGGCUCCACCUGAGCUGCAGGCUGUCUUGGAUUCACAGAAGAGGGCGGAAGCUCUCAAGACCCAGAAGAAGCAGCAGCUGCAGCAGGAGCCUAUUCCUGAGUAA